AUGCCGGUGCGGGGGCUGAGGUCGCCGGUCCUGCAGGUGCAGGAGAUCGUCUUCAGGAACUUCUACACGGCCUUCCUGAGCGUGCGGGUGCAGCGGCCGGCCACCCCCCGCCGCUGGGUAACCUGCCUGCGGGACUACCGCCUGAUGCCCUGCCCGCACACGGAGGAGGGCUCCCAGGACUACUUCUCCCUCCACCGCCACCAGAUGCUGUGUGAUGUGGACCAGGUGACAGCAGUGCGGUUCAUCCUGCGGCAGCCCUCCCCGAUCUGGCUCCACUUCACCAUCGAGGAGCUGCAGAUUUUUCCCCCUGGACAGAAGAGCCCCCAGAAGGAUUUCCCCUCCUGGCUCUCCCAGCUUACCCCUCCAGAGCAGCCAGCCAGCCUGCACAGGGAGCUCCCCGACCCGGAGAAGGUGUCAACAGAGGUCCAGCAAAUGUGGGUGCUGACAGAGGUGAUCCGGGCUCACCAGGCAGCUGCCCGCAUCGGGCGCUUCGACGUGGACGGCUGCUACGAUAUCAACCUGCUUUCCUACACGUGA